GGGGUUUUCUCAUCUUUUCUUUCUUUAUUGUGUCAAGUUAAUCAAAGUCAAUGUAGGAAUAAAUGCUAUAAAUGUAAAUCUACGAGAGCCUUUAAAAGCUGUCGAAGUAUUCAUGUAUUUUUCAUAUUCUUUUAAUAAAAUGUGUUGAUUUCUGUCAAUUUGUUACAAUAAUUUUAACUCGUUUAAUUAUAUACCACGAUAAUUGCUUUAGUACAUUCGAUCUUAGUACCCAAUCAAAGGUAUUGUUGAUAUUGUCAUUGCGUCGAUAAGAAGAACGUGACAUGUUUCCCGAUAUUUGCUUUGUCGAUAUUCAGUAGGAUUUCCUACGAUCACGAUUAUUAAAUGAGAAAUGUAACGUGGGCUCUAUUGAGCGCAAAACUGGGAAGAAAAAACAAUGCCAGUGCAACAGAUAAACGUCAAAAAUUCGUCUGAUAUUGAAAGUUGGGAAUGGGGUGGAGGAUGUGGCAGAGAACCAGUGCGUGCUGGUUCGGGAAGCAGUCGCACAUCUUGCAGCAAUUCCAGUGGCGAUAUAUGCCGUAUUUGCCACUGCGAGAGUGAAGUACACAAUCCAUUGUUGGCACCGUGCUAUUGCUCAGGAAGCCUGAAAUAUGUACAUCAGAGUUGUCUACAACAAUGGCUGACAGCAUCUGAAACUAGGUCCUGUGAACUUUGCAAAUUCAAUUUCAUUAUGCACACUAAAAUAAAGCCAUUUAAUGAGUGGCGUCUUUUAGAAAUGUCCGGUGUGGAACGUCGUCGACUUUGUUGUGCUGUGCUAUUCCAUUGCGUGGCCGCUUUAUGUGUCAUGUGGUCGCUGUUCGUACUUAUUGAGCGAGCGGUGGAAGAAGUGAAUCGAGGGCUAAUUGCAUGGCCGUUCUGGACAAAACUGGUGGUAGUUGCAGUGGGCUUCACCGGCGGAGCGGUCUUCAUGUAUAUACAGUGUCGUCAGUACCUGCAUCUCUGUAACCGCUGGCGGGCCCAUAAUAGAAUACUAUUAAUACAAAACGCACCAGAGAAGAUUCCAAUGAACGGGUCACCGCCAGUUCGCGUGAAGCGACGUGAACGAUCCGCUAGGGGACAAGUGGUGGCCAAUAUCGAGCCGCCGCCGCCUCCUGCUGUUUAUCACGAGGAGGAUGAGAGUGGCGGCUUCGAGACCUACCGGCCCAAUCCGUUACGGCGGCUGUCCGUGCGGCGUGAUCCCCGCGACACCCGUGACCCUCGAGACCCACGCGACCCUCGCGACUCGCUGCGGCCUGAAGAAGACGCGCGACGCUCUUCUGAUUCGCGCCUCGUGCAGGCCGACGGGGAACUAGAUGCUGGAGUGUACCACAUCAGCGUGGACCCACUCGAGGCGGACAUCCGUUCACUUUUAGAGUUAGAGGCGAGGCGGCAAGCUCGUGCGGCGCGGUCAUUGCCUAACUUGCGCGCGAGCCGCGAAAGUUUGCUUCCCGCACCCGCUCACUCUCCCGCGCCAGCACCUGCUGCCGCUUCCGCCCUAGCGUCCGCACCGCCUAUCGUCCCCGCCCCACCCACGUCCUCCCGUCCUUCCUGAGGAUUCGUCCCCGCGCCGCCUGCGACGCUGCUGCUAUUCCCCGAUGACACAGUCUAUUAGCGGCUCCGCUUCCGCUCCCGCUCCCGCUCCCGCCACCGCUCGCCCGCAGUCUCCGCAGCGUGCCGCCUGUUUAAUGGUGCGAAUUGACAUGCUCACAGGGGAGCAUGCUUGGAUGCUAGUAGUGAGUGCGAAAAAGAUAUUUGUAAACAUAACUAUGCUAUAAUCUAGCAAUAUACACACAUAUGCUCGUAGGUAGCAUAAGCUGAUUAAUAUACGCUUUUGUGCCGCUGAUCGUAAUGCGUCUAUACUUUUUAGUAUGGAGUACGGGACGGCUCUGAGGGCGAUAACUGUCGCCUGUGUUGUCUGAAGUGUUAUAUAUUACGUUCUUUUAGAUGCAUUCGGUUUAUAAUUAUUGUUUUCUUCACAUCGGCUUGAUUUUUACUGCGUUUUGAGUACAUCGUUACUGAAGUCUGUUGUGAAAACGGUCAAAUGCUCUUUUCGAAAAUUAUACUCGACUAACAAAUCCCACUGUAUAUGACAAUUUUAUUGUUGAACUCUCUUUUAUUUCAAUAAUUAUUUUUACAUUUUUACUUAUUAUUUUAUUGUUGAAAAUGUUUUCAAAUAUGGUUUUAUUUAUCACAUUUAUAAUGUUUAAGGGUUGAUAUAGAUUUGAGCUGCGGUGUUUUAAUGUUUUCUAUGACAUAAUUAUGAGCUGUACGUGAUCAAGUCUUGUAUAUAUUAGUAUGGAAGAUGUAAAUAGUCAUGUACAAUUAACGUCAUAACAAUUAUAAUGCAGAAGAUAGUAGUUUUAAAUGCUCUAUUUGUCUACUCUCGGUUGCCUAGAGAUAAUAUUCAUAAAAAAAUUACUUAGGUUUAUUUCAGGGAAAGAUUACACAAUAUUAGUGAAAUUUAGUAAACUAAUUGUUUUAUUUUGGGCCCAGUUAUUGAAUAACAUUGGGAACAUUACUAUAAUUAUCGGAAAAUAAAUGUAUUAUCCAAUUUCUCAUUGUUUUGUAAACGAAAAUACGAUAAAACGCAACAGUGAAACUAAUUUGUCUAGAUGUAAUGUUAAUUUAAUUUCAGUACGAUAUGUAAAAUCAUUGCAUAAACUAUACAGGAGUUAUAGAAAUAAGAUAUUAACGUUUAAUAAUUUUUAAUGCCUUAUGCAAUAUAUGAGACAUUAAAAAGAAUUUUAAACAAUAGCUACACAAUCCACAAAUAAAUCGUAUUUGACAGCAUGAUGACUUUCAUAAGUUCUUGUUCUAACAUUAAUCAAAAUAAAAUUCGUAAUUGACUUUGCGUAGAAAUUGUUGAAAUUUGGUUUUAUUUGUGCUAAAAAACGAAAUAAAAUUAAAUAUGAAAAAAUAUGUUAAAUUCUAUAAUAUAUGGGGCACGCAUUUUAAUACACAAUUGUACAUUCACUGAAUGAUUGGUGAAUAAUUCACUGGGCCCAAAUUUCAAGCAAUCUCGAAACAUCAUCAUUAUUGUGAUGUAGAAUAUUACAUUUUAAAACUCGAUUCAAACUGAAUAAAAAAAUAAUUUUGAGGUACUUACGAUUGGCUCAACUUUGUUGGACCACGAAUGUGACCGAACAUAUUUUUUUAAAUGUGAGGUGAAUUUGUUUUAACAUUCUUAUAGCCCCAAAAUUUUGGUUUGAUUAAGUAGAAUUUAGAUAUUAAUUUUACGAUGUCUCACAGUUUGCUGUAUAUUGUUUUAAUGAAAUAUUUAGCAACUUAAUUCUGCUUCGAUUUAAUUACUUGCCACUCGAUUAAAAAAGUAGUUUGAAGUAUGCCUAAUAGAAAUGCUAAAAAAUGAGACUCAUUAAGUGUGUUCAUGUCGAAGUGUGCCAACGUUUGUAUUAUCUAUCUAAUUUUAAAUAUUUCUUAAUAGUUAUUUAAUUAGUGUUCUUAUAGCCAGCUUCAGAGCAUUUAAUGCCAGCGUUUUAGUGGUUAUAAUGUGCAUUUUGUCUUAUAAGUAAUAUCUUAGUUUGUUAUCAGAGAAACUUUUUGAACAAGUCUGUUUAAAAUAUUUUUAAAGACAAGUAUUUAUAGUGUUUAGAGUUGAUUACUAGAUUCUCGGCAUCAUAAAUGGGUAACAGUCCUUUACAGUACCUUAAUAUUUUAUUAUCUCAAAAUUUACACAACUAUGCUAAAUUACAUUCGGAUACUAGCAAAUGGUUAAAGAAACAGCUUGCAAAUUUUAAAUGAAAAGACUUAAAUAAAAGCUUGUGAAAAUCAAUCAGAAUUGAAAAUUGAUAGGCAAAUCCAACGUUGUUACACUUCGUUAUGGAUGCUUUUAAUGCUUCGUUUCAUUGUUGCCAGCCACACACUAGUUAAUUUUUUGCCUUAAAUUAAAUGUUAUAGUCCCGAAAUAAAUUUAGUUAAAUUUCGAUUCGGAGUUCCUACAUAAAAUUUAUAUCACGCAUUGUUUCUAUAUAAAUUAACAGAGGUACAUCAUCUUUCUGUAUCUACGUGGAUUCAAAUCUUGCCGCUGGCUAGACAGAUACGUAAAAAUAUAAUUAAUUGGGAAGUGGAUUAUUCAUCUGUGAAAAUUGUUGUUUGUUAUCUACCUGCAUCGUACAUUAAGUUAUUCAGUGAUACAGCAUUGGAUAUAUUAUGAUCGAUAAACUUUUUAGAAUGUUUGAAGCUUUAAUUUUUUUUAUUCUAUUUCGCUUGUUCUUCUACGAAAUACAACUGAUUGCUGUUUGAGAAAUAAGGUUGAGUCAAUCUGUAAAUACCUACCAAUAGGCAGGAAUUAUCUUUUAUGGCAUAGACAUUGAAAUAACCCAACUUUAUAAAAAUUAAUUCUUUUAACUUAUUAUAACUUUAUGCUCUCACAUUUGCGUAUCUCUAAUUUUCAUAUUGAGUCUGUCCAUUUAGUUAUUUUUUUGUUCGCUUUAUGUGUGAGUUGUUCGUGAUGAUAUGUAUGCAUCACAUUUAAGUGAAUCCAUGUGAAUAAGUCAAUUCAUGUUCGAAAUUUUGAAUAUAUUGUAGUGGCAUUUUAUUGUGAAUUUCACUGUCACAUUCACAUUUCUGUCUAGAUUCUAUGAUUAGUCUUCCCGUUAUAUAUGACCUCAGAAUGAAUUUGUAUACAGUAGUUACUGUGUUACGUCAAUUUAAACUUAUUUAAAUUAAAAAAAAAAUGUGACAUAAAGUACCGAAUCUCUUCAUGAUUACAUAUUAAAUGACUUUUUGUUAUGCUCUCUGUAAACUGAUAUUUCAAUACAAAAUCCUUAUUCAGGACACAAGUAUGUCACAAUUUCCCUAUCGUAUUAGUCAUGUCGGGGAAAAUUACUCAUGUAUAAGAUAUACAAAGUACAAUAAGAAUAUACCAAAACAUAUUGAACAAUCGUCUACUUGCAUAUAUUUUUUAUAUCGUGGUUCCAUAUACUUUAAAAUAGAAAACGAAAAUAUAAGCAAUGUUGAGAAAAUUAAUUUGAGAAAUCGAAACAAAUACUGAGUUCUUUUUCUCAGUGGAUCAAUAAAAUUAUAUAGAUAAAUAGAAAAAAUACUAUCAACUAAAUUUAAUUUACUUUUUAUGUUGCAUUGAAAUGGGACAUACUUUAUUUCAUAUUGUCAUGAAAUAAUUAAUACAAGAAGAGUUAAUCAGCCGAAUGUACAGCUCACAAAAUGACAGGGAUGUCAAAGUUAUGACAGAUGGUACAAAAUUUUUCUUAUUAUUAAUACAUGCUUACAACUUUUAAUACAAUUUUUUUGUCAGUUUUUAAAUAAUUAUUUGUGAAGUUUUUAAAUUUUGUGUUAUUAAUUUAAAUCCCGCAGUGCUGUAAUAAUUAAUUGUGGUAAAUACAGUAUGUUAAUUAAUGAAAUCCAUUCUUUAAAACUAGUGUUAGUAUUCGUUAUUAGGGUAUUAGAAUUAUUUUGUAAACAAAUAUAAAGAAAAAAAAAUAUUAACAAAAACAACAACCUGUAUGUGUACUAACAGCAUUACUUAAUAAAAUGUGUCUACACACCUUGUAUUAUGUAGUGUCGAUAGAACAAAUAUAGGUGUUCUUUUGUAUUUUUUUUUAGUUAUUGGUGACAUAAAGAUUUUUUAAGAAAAUAAAUUAGACCUUUUACUUAAUACUAACAUUAGUUUUAAGAGAUCGAUUUCGUUAUUUAACAUACUGUAUAUUAUUUUUAUUCAAUGUUGUUUUAAUAAAACAAAAUGAACUGCAUUGUAAUUUGUAACGCAUUUAGAAAGUGCAUUUAGGAAAUUGUUUUAAAUUUUAUUUUAUAACAAUUGGUUUUAUAUUUUAGAAUUACGUUCAAUCAUAGCCGUGAAUAAUAAUAAUAGUACAUUUUUAAAAACUAUAUAGUAAAGAUAUUUUCGUCUGUAUAUAGUAAAAAUUUGAUGUUCAUGAUUUAAACAUUUUGAAGAUAUAAGGAAAUUGUGUUUAUCAUUACAGAGCUCUCAGAAAAAGACAAUAACUUUUAGUCCAUUAUUCUCCAAUUUUUUUUUUGUGUUAAUACAAGAUUUAUAAUUAUUUACUAUUUAGCCCUAUUUAGACCAGUGUUUUUCAUAAAAAAAAAAAAAAAAAAACUUUGUUGUAAUAGACAGUAGUGGGCGCAUAAACUUUCAAUUUCUAUAAAAUAUCUUAUAGUAAAAGUUCUUAUUUUUAAAACAAUACCAAGUAAAGCAGUUGAAUAUUACUUAUUUGUAUAAAAAUAUACCAGUAACACAAUGGGCUCUAUCAACAGGUUUGAUGUAAAAUUAUUAUAGUUAUGCCAUUUUUUUACUUUAUUUUUGACGUCUUGCAUUGUACAUUUAAAAAUAUUUCACAAUAAAGUGUAAUAAAGUACACGAAACGACUAUUAGAAAAACUGUAAUUAUAAAUAAAAAAUAAAACUAUAACGAUGUUCACGCAAAAUCGUCAAAACACAGGAGCGUUUCUUAAAACCUGUCAAACAGAAAUUAAUAGAAUUACAUAACAAUAAAAUGUUUAUUAUGUUAAUAGCUGCAAUUGUCGGCGCUUUGUGUUUUUUUUUGUGUAUAUAUUGAUAUUAUUAGAAAGACACUUGUACUCUUCCACAAAAAAGGCCACAUUUCAAUUGCUUUAACGGAAAGAAACAAAGAUUAUUUAAGUCUAUGAAAAUGCAUUAAACUGCAAAACGGGUCUGAUAUUUAUAAUUACACCUUUUUUGUGGAAGAGAAUAAGUGUUUAUCUUAUAAUAUCAAUAUUUAUUCGUAAUUUAAAAAAUGAUUUCUCAUUUUAUCGAUUUUUCGUUGAAAUGUGAAGAGUAUUUAGUUCAGGACGGCAUGUUAAUCUAUAUUACUUCUACAAUUAACAUCACUUAAAAAAAACUUAUUCUAUUCACUAUUUUUUAACAUACUCUAAUGCGCUUUAAUUAUUUUGGUACAGGUAUACCUACUUUAAUAUAGAUCAUUUAUUUGUAUAGUAUACAUAAUCGUAUUCAGACAUUUGAAAAGAGUAAAUCAGGUCUCCAUGGACCUUUCUAAUGUAAAUAGUUAUUUAAAUCUAAUUAAAAAACAUAAAUUUAAUUAAAAUCCUCAGAAUCAAAUGUAGGUAAUACGGUACGGUACAGAAAUAUUAUGUAGCUAGGUAGUAAUUAUUAGAUUGGACAUUUGGUGCUAAAGAUUAAAUGGUGAAUAUCAGUCCAAAAUUAAGUGUUAUUGUGUGAUUAUAAGCUGGCUCGACAUUAGUUUGCAGAUAUCCACUAAACUACGUAAUUUUUAACAAUCAUAUAUCGAAGCGAAAACGUGUUUAUCGUAAUAUAAAUAAGUUUUAUUUUGUAAAAAUAAUAAAUGAUGAAUGAUACUUGCGAUGGCAUAUUUGUAUAUCGAUUGAAUGUCUUUCACAUCUAAUUACCUUGCACGUAUGCAUAUAUUUGAUACAUUGUGUUGUCUGAAUGUAAAUACAAGUUUUGUGCUAUGGAAGAAUGAACGUUUGUAUAGGUUGAACGUUAAUUAUGAUUUAUAUAUAUUGGGGACGAGUAAGUGAACGUUUGCGACAGUAAUAGAAAACAUGUUUCGCAACACGGAUGCCCCAAAAGUGAUCACGUCCCAGAUUUCUUUUUUUUUUUUAACUUUUUUGUCGUUUUAUUCUUGACUAUUUGCAAUUUAUUAUUGUAUAUUUCACAUAUGUCUCUAUGUACAUUAUCCAGGAACGAUGAUUCUAGUCUGUUUCCAUGAGAUGAUUAUAAGGUCACAAAUUACGUUUAUGGUUUUUUUGUUAUUACCAAUUGAAACAUUAUUACUAUGUGGUUAGGUCUCAAUAUUAAUAAGUUAUGAGAAUGUUUUCAAUUUGUGAAUGUUGUAAAUUUUAUUGUAUAAUAUUAUUAUAGUAAUGUCGGUCAGUCACUGUAUAUGUUGAUGUAAGAAUUAAGGUCGUCGCCCAUUAAAACAGUACAGCACUACUCCGACACAGCGAGGAAUUAUCACAUAAAUUUUACUUACGUUGUUAAUGUAAAAUGUAUUAUAUUAUACACAAAAUGAAGCCUAAAUUUGAAUGAGAUGUAGCUUGAUAUCGGAGCAGUACUGCAAUAAUGAGUAACGUCCUCAUGUGUAUACUUGGGUGCAUGGAGAGAUGUUCCGGUGCGGAGUGCACAUUUGUUCCACUUAUUUUUCUGUACUUAUGUGUUUACAUAUCACACAAUUGCGGCAAAUUUUAAUCGUAAGCGGCAUUUGUAAAUAUUGCUUCCUCAUGAUAAAAAAUUUAAAUGUGACUAGUAUCGGACCCUCUCCGCAGGUCUCUUGUGUUGUUGUAAUAGUUUAGUUGACAUUUGAUUUUUGUUGGAAUAUCAAAUAAUAAAAUUGUAGUGCCUUAUUUAAAUGUUUUAAACUAAUAUUCAAAUAUUCAUUUUAUACUAGGUAUCACAGUAUAUAAGUAGUCCAUGUACUUUAUUAACAUUCUUACCAUUUAAAAUCAAAUUCUUUCAUUUCUAACACACGAGACCUACCCGUUUGUAUAUUGUGAUAUAAGUUGUUAAGUGUUUAUUUUUUUUUGCUCAAAAUUAAUAUUUUCUCCUUUUGAUCUGUGUACUUAUCAUUCAUGAAAUUUGUAAGACUGUAUAUUAUUUUGUUGUGUAACAUUGUUAGUUAACUCCAAGUUAUAAAUAUAGUUAUUUUGAGAUUUAA